UUUCUACAACUCCCUCUCCUGUCUGCUUUUUGCGCAUAAAGUCUGAUCUGGGGCUGAAACUGAAAGAGGCAAGACUUGUAAAAAGAGUGCAGCCUGUUGCGCUCACGCUCCAGUCUCACAGUUUCCUGUUUUAAGGAGGCCAUUUUGUAAGUCACUCUGGACUGGAGAAAAGAAAAACAAAGUUCUGCAUUUGUUGCUGCUGUUUGUUUCCAUCCUACGACAAAGAGUUUCACAAUCAGGUUUGGACUUUCUCCUUUGUGGAAGAAAACCUCUGGAUACACAUUGAAGGUGGGAGACGAGAGUCACCAGUUUGGAUCCUCGGUCUCACUUUGCCUGACUGAAUUCAGGCUGUAUAAUACCAUAAAGAAGGUGAAGUGGUGCGCUUUACUUCCUGGAUAAGGACUUUCUUGAUCGUGAGGGAGGGACUGCGUACAGGACACCACUGUGUAGGACCCCUACAGUGCUGUACCUCUAUGGACCGUGGCUCUUCACUCUGACCUGGAGGAGUUGGGGGUUUGUCUGGGCUUUAGGCUGCAUCUGGGAGUGCACAUGCUGACAGCUUGAGGCUGCUGCCACUCAGGACUUUAGAUGGCUAAUGCUAGCCCCUGUAUGCCCACUGCGGGAAUGAUGUUCUUCCCUACUGGGGGAGCCUCUCCACCAGCAACAACUGUGAUGCCACAAGGACCCCCCAGUCCUAUCAUAGACAUGCUAUCAGGGCAGGGUCCUGGGGGGACUGUGAUGCCCAGUGGCCCCCCCACUCCAGCAGGGGUGUCCUUCUUCAUCCAGAUUGGAUUGACCAGGGAGUCUGUCUUCAUGGCUCAGACUGCAGACCUGGCUUAUGUCAAGCAAAUGGCUUGCUCCAUUGUUGACACCAAGUUCCCAGAAUGUGGAUUCUACGGCAUUUAUGACAAGAUUCUUCUGUUCAAGCAUGAUACGACCACCAAUAACAUCUUGCAACUGGUUAAAAGUGCAAGUGACAUUCAAGAAGGGGACCUGGUGGAGGUGGUGCUCUCUGCGGCAGCCACAUUUGAAGAUUUUCAGAUCCGGCCCCAUGCACUAAAUGUCCACUCGUACCGGGCACCUGCUUUCUGUGAUCACUGUGGAGAGAUGUUGUUUGGUCUUGUAAGGCAGGGGCUCAAGUGUGAUGGAUGUGGACUAAACUACCACAAGCGCUGUGCAUUCAGCAUUCCUAACAACUGCAGCGGAGCUCGCAAACGGCGCCUAUCCACGACAUCCCUGAACAGCAGUCAGUCCCUGCGUCUGUCUAUCACUGAGUCUCUGCAGAGUGUGGGGACCGUUUCCUCUACCUCAGAGGAAACCAGCCUCAUCCGCUCACACACGCAAAUGCCACGCACAGCAAGCGAUGCUCGGCGUUUAUACAUUGGUCGGCCUGUUCAUUUGGACAAGAUCUAUAUGACCAAAGUCAAGGUGCCACACACGUUUGCCAUCCACUCCUACACCCGACCCACGGUCUGCCAGUACUGUAAAAGACUUCUCCGAGGUCUCUUCAGACAAGGCCUGCAGUGCAAAGACUGCAAGUUUAACUGCCAUAAGCGCUGUGCUUACAAAGUUCCCAAUGACUGCCUUGGGGAGACCAUUGACAGCAGAAGUAACUCUGAUGUGACAAGUCCUAGUGUGGAUCCGGAGGUGCCGAUGGACUACAGCAGUGAGUAUGAUGCUUCAGAUAAGUCGUCUAUGGAUGACUCUGAUGAGGCCUGCAGUAUCCCGGGCUCUUUCUCACCAGACAACAACCAGGGUGGUUCUAAUGGAGACCAGAGUGCAAACAUCCCAUUAAUGAGGGUUGUACAGUCUAUACGGCAGACAACCCGUCGUUCCAGUACUGCUAUUAAGGAAGGAUGGAUGGUUCACUACAGCAACAAGGACACACUGCGAAAGAGGCACUAUUGGCGUCUAGACUGCAAGUGCGUCAUCCUAUUCCAGAACAACACCUCCAAUAAAUACUACAAGGAGAUCCCCCUUUCUGAGAUCCUUGAGGUGCGUCCUGCUGGCAACUUCAGCCUGGUUCCACUCGGCACAAACCCUCACUGCUUUGAGCUCAUCACUGGCACUAUGUGCUACUUUGUGGGAGAAGACCCCAACACUGCCGCCUCCUUGCCCUCCAGUGACCCCCAGUCUGUCCUUCAAACACCCCCCUCACCCAGUCAGGUGGCCCCCAACAGCGGCAUAGGCCGUGAAGUGGCAAAGGCUUGGGAGAGUGCCAUUCGCCAGGCACUGAUGCCCAAGAUCUUUCAGGAUGCUCCACCUGCUGCGGGGAACACGACACACAGACAAGCUUCUGUCAGCAUUUCUGUCUCCAACAGUCAAAUCCAAGAAAAUGUGGAUAUUGGCACAGUGUACCAGAUAUUUGCAGAUGAAGUACUUGGGUCUGGACAGUUUGGAGUGGUGUAUGGAGGAAAGCACAGAAAAACAGGAAGAGAUGUAGCUGUCAAAGUCAUUGACAAGCUGCGUUUUCCCACCAAACAAGAGAGCCAGCUGAGAAAUGAGGUGGCCAUACUGCAGAGUUUACGGCAUCUUGGCAUUGUGAACCUGGAGUGCAUGUUUGAAACCCCAGAGAAGGUCUUUGUAGUGAUGGAGAAGCUGCACGGCGACAUGUUAGAAAUGAUCCUCUCUAGUGAGAAGGGCCGAUUGCCAGAGAGACUCACCAAGUUCCUCAUUACUCAGAUUCUUGCAGCUCUGAGACACCUGCACUUUAAGAACAUUGUUCACUGUGAUCUGAAGCCUGAGAAUGUGUUGUUGGCAUCUGCAGAUCCCUUUCCCCAGGUGAAAUUAUGCGACUUCGGGUUCGCUCGCAUCAUAGGCGAGAAGUCGUUCCGUCGGUCUGUGGUUGGGACACCUGCUUACCUAGCUCCAGAGGUGCUCUUAAACCAAGGCUACAACCGCUCCCUGGACAUGUGGUCAGUGGGGGUCAUUAUGUAUGUCAGCUUAAGCGGGACAUUUCCUUUUAAUGAGGAUGAAGACAUCAAUGAUCAGAUUCACAAUGCAGCCUUCAUGUACCCCCCUAACCCAUGGAAACAGAUCUCCAGUGAUGCUAUUGAUCUAAUCAACAAUCUACUGCAAGUCAAGAUGAGGAAGCGCUACAGUGUUGACAAGAGUCUCAGCCAUGUAUACUUACAGGAUUAUCAAACAUGGCUGGACUUGAGAGAGCUGGAGACCAAACUGGGCGAGCGUUACAUAACCCAUGAGAGCGAUGACAGCCGCUGGCAGGCUUAUGCUCGUGACCAUACACUAACCUAUCCCUCUCACCUGGUGCCCCCUCCUCCGGCCCCUGCCUCUGACGACGAGGGCACCAUCGAAGACGCAGAUGUGCAGUGUCUGACCGAGAGGGUCAGCAUCCUCUGACAUACUCCACUAGAAGGAAAAACUGUUUAAAAUUGAAUGCAGCUGUUUGAACAUUGGCAGCAGACAUUGGCUCUGUGUCGGCACUCAAUUCAGCAAUAAAUAACAUUUCUCUACAGCCUGAAGUCAUCAAAACCUCUCUGUAAAGAUUCACCUGUUGGUCCUCUUUCAUCUCAACGUUGCUAUGAUGAAAACUCCUCUUCUUAUUUCAGAUCCUGCUUAUUUGCCAGUUAACAUUUGACUGUCCAUUUACUACUAUAGAAUUCUUCUGAAAAUGCCACUUCUCCAGACAUAAAAUCCUUUGUCAAAACAAUUCAGGGUUUCUACAACUUCCUGUUUUUAAAUUAACAUAUUGAUCUAAGGAUGACAAAAUCUUCUGGUAAUAAUCACGAUUUCUGAGACACAAAAUGGUUGAAACUGUCUUUGUGGUUUUACUUUGCAGAAAACAGCCAGAUAUACCGUAAAUUCUGCAAGCCCCAGAAGAGUUGGCUCCAUCUGUACUGUAGGCAUCAUGCAGAGCAGUUCAAUAAACAGCAGAUUUUAGGCUAGAUUGAGUUGUUUGACUGUUGACUAUUUGAUAUGUCAGAAUGUUGCAUGUUCCUGUGAGUGAUGUAGGUUUAUCAUAGAAUGUAAUAAACACCGUUUAGUCAUAGGCAUGUCUAACUCAAAGUAGAUUUUACCUGUAGAAUGUACAUCAUGUUUUAGAAUACUUCAUAACAGAAAAAAAUAAACUCUGAAUGACACCA